AUGUCGGAGCACUGUCAAGAAAUGGUUCAUGGGCAAGGGCAGGCAAAGAGCUUAGGCCAGCAGCCAACCCAGAUUACCAUCACAGCAGCUAACGAACAUGGAUCAUCAUCACACAACUCGCAAUUGCACGCCGAGUCGACAGCGUCAGGUCAACCUUCACCUGUAUUUCUUACACCGCGAGCUCCUACAUUUCGGCUUCCAGAUGUCGGACCAUCUUCAUCGACUACAAUAGACAACAGAGCAUCUCCAGCAUCUCUCGUCCACGCCAUGCCGAGCGGAUCCUUCAUUGCCCCUGCAUCACCCACAACAGCCAGCGCCAUGUUCCGUACAAGUACAGUUGCGCCCUCUUCUGCCAAUGCAGCAUCCUUGAUCGCUUCUUCCCGUCUUGAACGAUCAACAAGCGCACAUCCUGAUUUGAGCAAUGUCAACGGUCUUGGCAUCUCAUCAACAGACGCCGCAGCCGGCCCGAGUGGCAUGGCAAGCAGCAACAGCAGCACCAACGGUCUUGCCACUGCCAACGGCGCAUCUAGCUCUGGAGGAACCAAAGAGACAUGGAAGCGUCGCAAACAAGUCCUCCUCGCUGAAGCAAAAGAUCACACCGUCGCCGACCUUCAACUCCACGGCAUGCGUCCACCACCGCACAGCUACCACCCUUACUAUCAGAACUCUUCCAUUCUCGGCCAGACAGUCGGCCAGCUCACAGCCAACACAGCCAGUACUUCCAAAGACACCAACCCGAAUCAAGCUACAUAUGCUUCCUCGCGCACUGCCAUUCUCCGUCCUGACGAUCCUCACGUACGCAACGACAUCAUCCGUAUGAUCGACCAAUGGCUAGCAGACCAAGGUUUCGGUGCAACACGACAGCUCUUGAUGGAAGAAGCAGGUAUCAAGCGUCAAGAGCGAGAAGAAGCCGGCCUCGAUGCACGCAAGCUCAGAGGUCACAUCCUCGAAGGUGACUGGCCUGAGGUUGACAAGUUGCUGCAGAAACCGCUGGUGAAGAAUCACAAAGCCUUUCUCUACGCAGUUUACAAGCAGCAGUUCUUGGAACAUAUCGAACAUCGUGAAUUCCAAAAAGGCUUUACCUUUCUCAACAAGCGAUUGAAGCCACUGGAGCAUUAUCAGCCGCACCCCUCCGAGUAUAGGGAUCUGUGUUAUUUGCUCUCAGCUAAGGCAGUGACUGAUGCGCCGUCCUUCUCGACCUGGGACGGAAUUCAGCCGGGACGGGAGAAGCUAGUCAUGGAGUUUGCAGCGAUGCUAGAGCAGGACUGGAUGGAGAAGGAGGCAGGUUUGCCUGGAUCUGCAUCAACAAAUGGUGGCGUGUCGGCUUCUAAUGGUGGGAGAGGUGAGAUGGGAUCCAGUAGAGAAGCUUCAGAGCUCAUGGACGAUGGGUUGAUGGCAGAAGGUAGCGCCUCCGGCACUGCAUCAAAAGCAUCCUCAGCAAACGGCUACGCCUACGUUCCACCACACCGUCUACUCACAAUGCUGCACCAAGCCGUAGCCUACCAAGUCGAAUUUGCACGCUACCACCCCAAGAAAGCACCCGUCAUCUCCGGCCUAUUGCACGACUACACCGGUUUCAUCGUCCCCAACUCUGUCGCCCACACCAUGCGUGGUCAUCGUAAGAACGUCAAAAGUGUCCGCUUCGUCGGCGAAGAAGGUCGCAGACUCGUCAGUGGCAGUAGCGACAACACCGUUCGACUCUGGAACUCCAACACCGGUCGUUGCGAAGGUGUGCUCGAAGGUCAUCGUAGUCGUGUAUGGGAUGUUGACUCUACUCGGACUGGUGGACAUGUUGCUUCUGCGUCAGGUGACUCAACUGUUAAGGUAUGGGAUGUGGAAAGUGCACAGUGUCGUACGACGCUUAGAGCUGGUGUGGGUGAUGUGUACAGCUGCAGGUUCCAUCCUGAUGAGCGGCAUAUUGUUUCGGCGGGCUACGACAAGCUUGUUCGGAUGUACGACGUUGAGACGGGGUCUAUCGUCAAGACUUUUACUGGGCAUCAACUUGGUGUUUCAUCGGCGAUCUUUAAUCCGCUCGGCAACCUCAUUGUCACAGCGUCAAAGGAUACUACGAUUCGCUUUUGGGACGUUGUUUCGGGUCUUUGCAUCCGUACUAUCACUGGACAUCUUGGUGAAGUGACAUCAGUAGAGAUCAACGAAACAGGCACUUUGCUGCUCAGUUCAUCCAAAGACAACUCGAAUCGACUUUGGGACCUCCGCAUGCUUCGCCCGUUGAAACGGUUCAAGGGUCACCAAAACACGAGCAAGAACUUCAUCCGUUCCAGCUUCGCGCACACAUCGCUGCUCGUAGGUGGCUCGGAAGAUGGACUGAUCUAUAUGUGGGAUCAGGAGAGUUCCGAGGUGCUGCAAACGCUAGAAGGGCACGGGAGAGAUACGUUGCAUCAGGUUACGAAAUCCACAACAGCACUGCCAGGGAGCAUGGGUGGAGUGCAAGGGUCAAACUCGGUUGUGUCGGAUCUAACGUCUUCGCUCUCGACCAACAAUAACGUGGCGUAUGGGGCGGUGUGGAAUAAGGCACAGAGUCUGUUGGCUUCGUGUGGUGACGAUGGGACGGUGAAAACAUGGAUUUGGGACGGGGAGGGAUUUGGAGGCUAG